CCCCGCCGCCCCCGCCGCCCCCGAGGCCGAGGAUGAGAGAGUGUCGCUGGCAGAGCUGUCACUGAUGAACAAGUUGAUCCACACAUCCCUGGUGGAGUCCCAGCAGCACGUGGAGAUCCUGCAGCGGGACCCCAACUCCCCACUCUUUUCCAUCAAGACCUUCGAGGAGCUGCCCCUGAAGAAGGAGCUCUUGCAGGGGGUUUAUAUGAUGGGCUUCAACAGACCAUCCAAAAUCCAGGAGCAGGCUCUGCCCCUCAUGCUGGCAUACCCGCCCCAAAACCUCAUUGCCCAGAGCCAGUCAGGGACAGGGAAAACAGCAGCUUUUGUCUUGGCCAUGUUGAGCAGAGCUGAUGCCAGCAAGAAAUAUCCUCAGUGCCUCUGCCUGGCUCCCACCUACGAGCUGGCUCUGCAGAUCGGGCAGGUGGUGCGGACCAUUGGGAAAUUCUGCACUGACAUCAAGGUGAACUACGCUGUCCGGGGAAACCGAGUUCUGAAGGGCACAGUGCUGGAGGAGCAGAUCAUCAUCGGGACGCCGGGCACCACACUGGACUGGUGCUUCAAACAGCGCAUCCUGGACCUGACAAAGAUCUCCUUGUUCGUGCUGGAUGAGGCUGACAUCAUGAUCGACAUGCAGGGCCUCUCCUGUCAGAGCAUCCGCAUCCACAGGGCUCUUCCCAAGAGCUGCCAGGUGCUGCUGUUCUCAGCCACUUACAAGGAGCCCGUGCGGGCCUUUGCGGAGCGGAUCAUCCCUGACCCCAUCGUGAUCAAGCUGCGUGAGGAGGAGCUCACCCUCAGCAACAUCAGGCAGUAUUUCAUGGUGUGCCAGAGCAUGGACGAGCAGUACAGGGCCCUCUGCAACCUCUACAGCAGCUUCAUCAUCGGUCAGGUCAUGAUCUUCUGCCAGACCCGGCGGCUGGCAGACUGGCUGGCAGGGAAGAUGAGCCAGGACGGGCACCAGGUGGCCAUCCUGACAGCAGAGCUGACCGUGGUGCAGCGGGCCAGCGUCAUCCAGCGCUUCCGUGAGGGCAAGGAGAAGGUGCUGAUUGCCACCAACGUCUGUGCCAGAGGCAUUGAUGUGCAGCAGGUCACCACCGUGGUGAACUUUGGCCUCCCCGUGGAUCUGGACGGCGAGCCGGAUUAUGAGACCUACCUGCACCGCAUUGGGAGGGCAGGACGCUUCGGGCACCGCGGCAUCGCCUUCAGCGUGGUGCAGGCAGACAACGUGCGCCUCGUGCACAAGAUUGAGGAAUAUUUCCAGACCACGAUCAAGCAGCUGGAUCCAUAUGACAUGGAUGAGGUGGACAAGCUUGCAGCUGAGUGAGGAGCAGGGAUUCAUUCUCCCAAAUCCAAGUUCUGGUUUUGAACAGGAGGAAGAGUUACAGGGGAAAGCUUCCUGGUUAUCUUGUAUUCUCCUGAAGCUGUUGAGUUUUGUUGUGUUGCCUGAGGAGAGGUUGGAGUGAGCCUCGUCUCGCUAGAUGGCAGCAGGAAUCCACUGCUGCCAUCCCAGAUCUCGGGGCAAAACCCAAGUGUUCAGGGUCCUGGCAGUGCAGGAGACAGGUUGGAGCCCCAGGGGUCGGAAAUCCAAGUGUUCAGGGUCCUGGCAGUGCAGGAGACAGGUUGGAGCCCCAAGGGUUUGAAAUCCAAGUGUUCAGGGUCCCCGCAGUGUGAGGACAGAAGUUGGACUGGGGCUGUGUUUGUGCCUUUGUUAAUCUUUAAUAAAUACAAUUGUUUGUAA